AGGUUCUGUUAGCGUCCCAUACUUAAACCUCUAUCUUUCUCCUUCAACCAAUCAGAAGCUCUGCUAAGUUUUAGCUAAAAAGUAGCGACAAAACAUCAGCACUCCACUGAUAGAAACUUCGGAUUGGAUCUUCUACCAAAUUCUAAGAGUUCCUGGUAGUGAGUUGUUACUUGUUUCUGCUGAAUCUUCCUAAUGGCCUCAAACCAGCCUUUGGUAUCGGGAUCGGCGACUCCCAAAACUCAAACCAGCAAUGUGGAUAGACCAAAGAAAAGGAGGGUUCGACGUGUUCGAAGUGCCCCUUUAGCACAUUUUGCUCCUACUGAUGCUAAUGGAGAUGAUGAUGCACUUCUACGUUCCGAGUCCAUUUUCGGGAGAUUUAAUCCAACUCUUAAGAAGGUAGCACUGUCUUUGACGGUAAUAGUAUACAUGGGUUUAGGCACAAUUUGCUUUUAUACAAUCAGGAACCAAAUCAAAGGGAAGAAAACAAAUGCAAUUCUUGAUGCUCUUUAUUUCUGUGUUGUUACAAUGACCACUGUUGGAUAUGGAGACCUUGGUCCUAACAGCAACCUAGAAAAACUACUUGCCUGUGCUUUUGUCUUCAAAGGAAUGGCUCUAAUUGGACUUAUACUGGCCAAAGCUGCUGACUACUUGGUGGAGAAGCAAGAAAAAUUGCUGUUUAGAGCCUUACAUAUGUACAAAAAAGAUGGUGAAAUUGAGGUUCUAAAGGAGGUUGAGCAUAACAGGGUGAAAUACAAGUUUUACACAACAUCGAUCCUUCUUGUCGUGUUUGUAGUAACCGGUACCUUCUUCCUAUAUAAAGUAGAGAAAUUGGACCUAGUCGAUACAUUCUACUGCGUUUGUUCUACCAUUACAACCUUGGGGUAUGGAGAUAUAAGCUUUUCAAGCAAAGGGGGUCGUGUUUUUGCUGUGUUUUGGACAUUAACAGGCACUAUAUGCGUGGCUAAGUUUUUUCUCUACGUUGCUGAGGUAAACACAGAGAACAGACAAAGAGCACUGGUGAAAUGGGUUCUUAGUCGAAGAACAACAAGUUUGGAUUUGGAGGCUGCUGAUCUUGAUAAUGAUGGAGUUGUUGGAGCUGCAGAGUUCGUUCUAUUCAAACUUAAAGAAAUGGGGAAGAUUUGCCAACAGGAUAUUUCAGUUAUAAUGGAGGAAUUCGAGGAACUAGACUUGGACCAGUCUGGGACCUUGACAGUAUCUGAUAUAGCUCUAGCUCAAUCCGUUGAAACCAGGAGUUCAUAGCAACAUGACAUAUAACGACAUCUAUCGGAGGAAGGAGGUGAAUGAUGUUAAUCUUAGAGCUAUUCUCUAAACCUGUAAUACCAACUUUUAAUCAUUUAUAGAUGGCUGUUUUGAGUUAUUGAAUUGAACCUCUUUACCUCUGUGUAUAUGAAUAACAAGUAAUAGCCUAAACUUUUCCUUGUGUGAAGGCAUCCAAUCAAACAGUUCUGAUUAAA